AUGUGCCCCCUUGUUUGCAGGGGCAGCUACUUACCCCAAUCCAAUACCAUCGUACAACCAUCAUCAUCGAGUCAUAUUCACAUCACACUUCAAAGUUCAAACUACACUUUCAUAACUCGCAUCUUUCAUAAUCACUUUCUCCCUCGUAGCAGAAACGAGAAAACCCUCUCUUCUUACAACAUGCAUAAUCACCGUUGUAUACAAGUGGGUUUAGUGAUAAUUGUUCUUCUCUCACUGUUAGUCUCCGGUGCCGAGAAUGGAAGGGAACCCAUUGGAAUAAGCAGGAAUGUACAACCGGAGAAGCAGCAAAAACAGCAGAAUCAACAGCAAGGACUGGGUGACUUGUACUCUAGCAAACGAAGAGUUCCAAAUGCAUCAGACCCGCUUCACAAUCGCUGA